CUCGAAAAUAUAUAACCUGUGAAUUGUGUAUCGGUGAACCUCCCUGUGGCCCUCAUUAUUUCCCUAGUUGGAUUUGACUGGCGCGCUUUUAUUUUGAAGGCUGGCCCUGCCCCGUUUCCGUCUGGGUAGUAUUUGACAGAGGAGAGUUUUAAAGUAAAGUUCAGUCACUCGUGAAACAGCAGCGAGUUUGUCCUUCGGGUCACUCCGUCUCUCUGUCGCUGAACAGCCGCAGAACAAUGAUCGACCUGUGGAUCUCUCUGUCGGUGCUGGUCGCCGCGGUUCUUCUGAGUGAAGCCACGCGUCGCAUCACGUCUCGGCUGUUCGCCAGAGCCUCCUGGCUUUACUUGCUGGAAGCAGCGUCCACUUUCCAGCUGUGUUGCUGCUCCCAGGAGCUCAAACUGCUGGCAGAAAAGGCCAACCUGAAACCACAGCCGCUGAUCGCACUCACUCUCACCUACACAAUCACCGUCGUCCACCUCACUACUUUCCGGGGAGCAGCUUGUAACCCGGUCGGGGUUCUGGACCGGGUGUACCGGGGUAUCAUUUCGGGUAGGGCUGCUGUCGUCCUCAUCGCCUGUCAGUUCUCUGCCGCGUUGGCCUCGCAGUUUUUCGCAGCCUCCGUGUGGUCGCUGGGUCUCUCCGACGUCCACGUCCGGCAGCAGAAGUUUGGGACUAGGUGUUUCGAUCCAGUGGGUGGGACGCUGCUGGAAGCCGCGGCAGCAGAGCUGGUGGGCGCCUUCAUUAUGCAAGCCGUGGUGCUGAAUCUCCACAAAGUGGACGCGAAACUUCGAGUGUUCUGCAUUGCUACUCUCAUCACUACUCUGAGCUACGCAGUUGGCAGUAUUUCAGGGUCUGUUUUGAACCCUGUCUUAGCCUUCGCCAUCCAGUUCCCCUGCAGUGGGCACACCUAUCUGGAAUACUGCUUUGUCUACUGGCUAGGACCAGCUUCAGGUGUUGCGAGCUGCGUCCUGCUAGUGGACAAGAUACUUCCGUUCCUGUCUGGUAAAAGCAGCGUCGGACAGGACGUCGCUACAGCUGCGCACAAAUCCAAGAUGCAGUAACCGGGAACCAAGGUUUUAGUCCCCUCCUGUGAAUCAUUCCAGUUCAGCUGAUGAAGAGGAUUUAAGGGUUUAAAAGGCUGCAGUUUGAAGCUACAGCUGUUUUCUGUUGUGCAGGUCGAAAACUACAAACAUUGAAGAUUUGCUUAAAGAAAAAAAAAACAGGCCUGCAAACACACACUCACAUAGGAAAACACUCACAGCUACUAUUUAAAUGUUUGCUCCUGGUGUCAGGAGUUUGACAAACUCUCCCACACACCAAUGUCAAUAGAUGAAAAUGUUUAAUUAAAACCCCGCCCCAAGACGUGACAGGUUCUACUCUGCUGAUGCCUUUGUUUUAGGUUAAGUUCAGUUAAUUAAAGUAUAACAAAUCAUUUCAGAUGACAGUCAAUGAAUGACACAUUAAUAUUUACAAAUAUUGGCAGCAGUGGCUCAGAAACACCUACAGUCUACAGUUACGUUAAAUCCCUUAUUUUCUCUAUGGACUUUGGUACUGUGAAUGAACAGUCUACAGACUGAGACAAACUUCUGUUUAAAUGUGAAAGAAAAACUCAGGUGUUAUUUAUGUGGUGUUUAUUCAUUUGACGUGAUGUUUGUAAUAAAGACGAUCUGAAACCAAGUGAGCUUUAACAACUCACGGCUUCACUUCUACAAGAUCGUCAUCUUUAGUCUAUAGUCUGUGGUUAACGCCAGAUCUGACGCCUGUCUCACUGCAGCAACCUCAAAAGCAAAAUCAGGUAUUUCAUGUAGCAUAGUACUUGUAAUAAUAUUUUGGGCAUUUAAACAGACGUGCUGUUCUUCCAAACACUAAACACAAACCUUAUUUAAUAACAUCCAACAACUUUCUUCCUCAUGCUAAGACUUUGUCUUAACUAAGCACAACUUAAGAAAUCAAAGGCUGAAGACCAGGGAAAUACACCUUACAGCCUUCUUGACCUGAAAAUGAUCAGUGUCAAUGUGAAAUUUCAUAGGGACCAUUAAGUUUUAAGAAAUCUCAGUCCCAGACGGGAUUGAUUGGAACAAAAUAAAUAUAAUAAUGAAAAAAGUACUUUUAUUUCAUAUAUUUCCAUACGUGUCUGUGAUGUUCAUGGAACUUUUUUUCUGCACAUUUUUGCACACACUUAUGUGAAUAGUUGCGAAAAGACAUUUAACAGUUUUAUUUGACCAGCAACAGGCCAAGGACUAAACACUAAAACCUCACAAACAAAGACAACUGUGUUAUUGACUGUGUAACUGUCAUAUCACUAACAGCUUCAAGCCUAAAAUUGGAGCAAACACUUGUUUUCCACCUCUUUCUGUGCAUUUCAUGUGUAAAUACCAGAUUAAAAAUUAUGACAUAACUGUUUCAACUGGGUUGUUAAGGGUUUUUUUAUUUAUUUAUUUUUUCUUUUGUGCAGUGUUUGAGGUUCAAAAUAUCAGCUGGUACAUGAAAUCUGUUCUUUAUUCUCUGCAUUAGUUUCCUCAACAUUUUCUUGUUUUCUGUUUCUCUGUAUGACACUUGAUAAGUUCCUUACAUCCAUUACAUUGUAAUGUAAUGUAAUGUUUGUUGAUAAUUAAUUUUAGAAGUGUUAUACAAAAUAGAUAUGACUGUUUAUUCUACUCAGUUGGACAUUUGUUGCAAUACAAAUCUGGCUGUAUGUGACCGAUAUAUAUUAAAAAUCAAGUUUGAAUUUA